AUGACGGACUCGAACAACAGCACCACCACCACCACCACCAACAACAACAACAACAACAACAACACCAUCACGGCCCGCGAGACGCCGGGCGGUCCGCCCCCAGGGCUCGGGACGCUCGGCAAGCUUCGCUGGGGCGCCAAACACCCCCCGGCCGACCCCACCGUCUCGUUUGCGGGCAAGACGGUGCUGGUGACGGGCGCCAACACGGGGCUAGGCUUCGAGGCGGCCGUCAAGUACGCCAGGCUCGGCGCCAGCCGGCUGAUCCUGGGCGUGCGGUCGGCCGACAAGGGCGAGGCGGCCAAGCAGCGCAUUGUGCAGCUCAGCGGCCGCCGCGACGACGACUUCUUCAUCACCGUCCUGCUCGUCGACAUGGCCCACUUCGACUCGGUCAGGGCCUUUGUGCAGGCCCUCGGCAGGGCCACACCGCGGCUCGACGUGGCGCUACUCAAUGCCGGCUUGGCCAACCCGUCGUUUCAGCAGUCGGCCGCCGGGUGGGAGAUGGCCCUGCAGGUCAACGUGCUCUCGACCGCGCUGAUGGCUGUUCUGCUGCUCCCUCUGCUCCGGGCCACAGCGGCAGCAGAAACCGGGACGCCGCCUCCGACGCCGCCGCAUCUGACUUUUGUCAACAGCUUCGGGCACAUGCUGGCCGAGAGGGAGUGGCUGGGUCCGUCCGGGUCGCUGCUCGAGCUGGCUAACAACAGGGAGGGCUGGGAUCCCAGGAAGAGCUAUGCCACGGUCAAACUGCAGGGCAUGGCGGUGAUGCAGGCCGUUGCGCGGGCGACUACUACGACUACUACUACUAGUAGCGCAGAACAACAACAACAACAACAACAACCCGAAGUCAUUGUCAAUGCCGUCUGUCCUAGCCAGUGCAAGACGGACUUGGGCCGGCAGUACGGGCUCAUGUCCAAGAUCCUGAUGGCCCCUUACCAGGCCCUCUUCGCCCGUACCGCCGAGCAGGGCGCGCGGUCCCUGGUGAGUGCGACGGCCCUCGGCCCGGAGAGCCACGGCCGGUUCUGGCACCAUGAUAUCCUGCACCCAAUCGGUGAUCUGGCAAAGGACGAGACCUUGAUGCGGAAGGCGUGGGAUGAGAUCUUCCAGGUCGUUGUUGUUGCCCAGCCGGAUCUGCAGCAGAUCCUCGCCGGUCAGGGACCUCAGAGUUGAUUUUCUUUUUUUCCGCGUACAUACAUACUAGUAGUAACUACUUACUCUCUUGCCUUGGUGGAUUGGUUGGAGUGGCUUGGAGGAGUAGGAGUAUGGAGGGCAUGAGUCACUGGAAUUUGGCAAAAGUCAUUCGGGUUGGUUACCAGAGAUGUUUGUAGUAGUUGAGGGACGGGCACGGCCGCGAACUCUGGAGGAAGGUGUAUAGCACACUGGCACUGGGUAAUCGGGGGCAAUUUGAGAUAGUAGUAGUUGCACUCGGCCGCCUCAUAAGUGUAAAGAUUGAAUUAAAACACGUAGACGAAGAACGAAGGUACUAUUCAC